AUGCCGAACGGUCAUCUUUCGACGAACCAAAAGGAGGACCUCGACCCGAACCCGCCUCCGACGCCAGUGGCCCACUUGACGGGCCAUCGGCACCGGAAGAAGGGCAUAGGGAUCAAGACCUGGCUUGUCGUCGACUCGGCAGGCGAGGCCCAGCUCAUCGACGCAGGGAAGCACUUGAUCAACCGGCAGACGGGGCUCUCGGCGCGGGACCUGCGGAUCCUGGAUCCAUCGCUAUCCUACCCAUCGACCGUGACGGGGCGGGAGAGGGCACUGGUGAUCAAGCUGGAGCACAUAAAGGGAAUGAUCACGGCCAAGGACGUUUGGCUGCUCAACUCCAAGGAUCCCGCGGUGGUUCCUUUCGUGGAGGAGCUUAAGCGUCGGUGCUCGCAUCAUUAUCAAGCCAAUGCCAUGAAGCUUGACAGAACCGGUGGUGAUGAAGAGCAAUCUGAGGAAGCUUUACAUCAAGUUUUCGAAGCUACGCAAGAGAACAUAUCGCACCCUCGAGGGGUUGAGCAUCAACACGACAGAUCAGAGACUCUUCCUUUUGAGUUUGUGGCCUUAGAGGCAUGCCUUGAAGCUGCAUGCUCUAGUUUAGAUGAUGAGGCAAAAGCAAUCGAGCAAGAGGCUAAUCCUGCUUUGGACAAGCUAAUUUCGAAGAUUAGUACCCGGAAUCUCGAGCGUGUCCGGCAGAUUAAAGCUCGAUUGGUCAUGUUGACAGGACGAGUUCAAAAGAUAAAGGACGAGAUCGAGCAUCUUCUUGAGAACGAUGGAGACAUGGCAGAGAUGUAUUUGACCGGCAAACCACUCCAAGGUGAAAAAGACGAGUCGUCUUCUUCUUCUUCAUCGAUCACUGUAGAGGAAGAUGAACUUCAUGAACUAUACGAAGAAGAAAGGAAUUACGACGGAGACGAUAUAAUCAGGGCAGAUGAGAGUGCGAAUGCUUCGGGGAACUCGUUGAAUGAUGAUGAAAUGGAGGAGGGGAUCAAAGAUAGCAACUCACAUGGUGGCUUGAGCAUGAGCAAGCGUCUUGAUGGCUCAAGCAAGCACCUUGAUGUGGCCGAAUUGGAAAUGCUCCUAGAGGCAUACUUUGUGCAGCUUGACGGCACACUCAACGAGCUAUCCGCGUUAAGGGAAUACAUUCAAGACACGGAGGACUAUGUGAACAUAAUGUUGGAUGACAAGCAAAACAAUCUGCUGCAAAUGGGAGUCGUCAUAUCGACGGCGACGUUAUUCAUCACCAUGUUCAUUAUUGUGACUGGGAUAUUUGGUAUGAACGUCAGAAUUGCACUCUUUCAUCCUCCGAAUCCGACAAUCAACAAUUUCCUUUGGACAGCAGGCGGAUGCACCGUCGGGACGAUUGUCUUGUACGUUAUUGCAAUAGCAUGGUACAAAAAAAAACGGUUUAUAUAG